AUGGAUCCAGGUCGGCGAGCUCUGAUUUCUGGCCGUAAGUCCCCCCCUCGCCGCGACAUUACAUCUCCUAGACGAGAUCCCAAUACCAGGAUCACCAAGCCCACGCGCCCAAUCCAGAACAGACCACCAACGUCCGCCGCCCAGACCUACCUCAGUCAGGACGAGCAGUCGGAACGCUUCGUAGCGGACGAGGACAAGUUCGUGCUGAAGCAGUCCAAGAAGAAAGCCGACAUUCGAGUCAGGGACGGGCGAGCCAAACCGAUCGAUUUCCUAGCGUUCAAUCUGCGAUACAUAGAUACCGACCGGGACGUCUUUGACGAGGACGAUGCCGAUGCCGAGAUCGACGUGCCUGCCCCGGGUGCCGUAAUCGAGGCGCUGAAGGAAUCCGAGCUCGAAGAGCUCAAUGCCGAAAUCACUUCAUAUCACACACUUGAGACGAAUGCGCGGAAUCGGGAAUACUGGACGGCGUUGCGGACGCUUGCGGCGGACCGAAAACAGAAGCUGAAGCCGAUGGCCCCGGAACAGCGCGCAGUCAGCUCCGUCACGUCGGAUGUCGAUAAUAUACUCGGACCUAAGACCUUUGAACAGCUGGAGAAGCUCGAGGGUCAGAUCAAGGCGAAGUUGCGGUCCGACGAAGUGAUGGACACCGACUACUGGGAGCAGUUACUGAAGAGCCUGAUGGUAUUCAAGGCAAAGGCCAGGCUCAAGGGGAAUUACGAGGCCAUCAAGGAAAGCAGAAUCGCAUUGUUGAAGGACCUGAAUCCAGAGAAGUCCAAGGCGCUGGCCGACCCUGAAUCUGCCACCAGGCUUGCUAGCAUCGGUUCAAGAGACGAUACAGCACAAGUGGCCCCCAGCGCAAAGCAGAGUGUAGCGGUAGUACCCUCACCCAGCACGAGUAACCCACCCCCCGGUACUGCAAGAUUCGCCAUGACCGGCAACGAAGACUUCUCCCAAGCCACGAAAGCUCUAUACGAGCGAGAGGUUGCUCGAGGCAUUAGCGAGAACGAGGAGAUCUUCACUGCGGAGGAGACAGUGGCGAGCGGAGCGAAACCACAAUGGGCCGACAAGUACAGACCUCGAAAGCCGCGAUACUUCAACCGGGUGCAGAUGGGCUACGAAUGGAACAAGUACAACCAGACUCACUACGACCACGACAACCCUCCGCCAAAGGUAGUCCAGGGCUACAAGUUCAACAUCUUCUACCCAGAUCUCAUCGACAAGAUAAAGGCGCCCACCUUCAAGAUCAUCCGAGAACACGGGAGAAGACGGGGCGAGUCAUUCGCACCGGCGGGCGAGGAGGACACAUGCCUGAUUCGGUUCAUUGCUGGGCCGCCCUAUGAGGAUAUCGCUUUCCGUAUAGUAGACCGCGAGUGGGACUACAGCGCCAAAAAGGAUCGCGGCUUCAAGAGCAGCUUUGACAAGGGCAUCCUCCAGCUCCACUUCCAAUUCAAGAAGAUCUACUACCGAAAGUAA